AUGUCUUCUGGCGGCGACCGCAAAGUCUCGGGCACCCUGAGCCGCAGCACUAGAGGACCGCCUCCACGUCUCGCCGACCUUGGAGAGUCACCACGGACACCGCUCCUGCGCACCAUCUCGGCUACCUUUGGCUCGCCCGGUGGCAGCUUCCGUACCGAAGACGAAUACAUCGUAAUUGAGGUUGGGUCGCGUUAUGUCCGCGGUGGAUUCGCUGGCGAAAGUGCCCCGCGAUGUACCCUUCCAUUCGGGCCUGACGAGCAGCGCAGAAUAGGCGACUACCGACAAUGGGAUCCUGAGCAUUCGCAGAAGAGGAAGCGGCGGAAAGCGGGAGAGGAUUGGGGACACGAUUACGAGCUGUAUCGCAUGGACUUGACCAAGGUUGAUUUGGGCCUGGUAGAAGACAAGUUUGAGAGGGCAAUGAGAGAGGCAUACAGCAAAUACUUCUUGUUGGACACGAAGCCGCGACGAAUCAUGCUCGCCAUGCCACCUCGUAUGCCACAUGCGCUCAUGUCGACUUUCUUCGACGUGCUCUUUACCAGCUUUCAAGCCCCGAGCAUCACCCUCAUGUCGACUCCAGUACUAUCGACAGUAGCUGCGGGGCUGCGCUCUGCGCUGGUGGUAGACAUAGGCUGGGCAGAGACGCUCGUAACCGCUGUAUGCGAGUUUCGUGAGCUGGCAGAGAGGCGCAGCGUUCGGGCAGGCAAGAUGCUCAGCGAAGAAAUGGCAAAACUGCUGAACGCUGAACUUGACGCCGCCGAACCAGGUGCAGAGAAGUCAGACAUAUCAUUUGAAGAGGCCGAAGAAGUUCUCACACGUGUUGGAUGGUGCAAACCAAUUCCGAGAUCGAAUCGGAGAACCUUAUACUUUCCCGCACGCGAGGCCCCUGUACUAGAAGAGUUUGAAGAUGCCAUCGAGUCUCCGCCGCCUAAAGUCACCAUACCCUUCCCGAAGCACACGCCUCCUAUCGAAAUUUCUGUACCCUUUGCAUUACUAGCCAAGCCUACCGAGGACGCUCUCUUCGCCCCAGAGCUAGCACGAAACGAGUUCGACGAUGAGGAACUCCCCUUACACCACCUUAUCUACCGCACGCUUGUUCAACUCCCGAUCGACGUCCGCCGAAUGUGUAUGUCGCGCAUAAUCAUCACAGGCGGCGUGUCGAACCUCCCCGGCCUUAAAACGCGUAUACUGAGAGAGAUGGAAGCACUGGUAAAGAUCAAAGGUUGGGACCCUGUCAAGAGUUACGGCACGGCAAGCGCACGUCGCGAAGAGAAGCUAUACCGUCAACGGGAAGAGUUCGAGAUGCGCCGGCAAGAAGGCGAAGACAUGGUAGCCUCGUCACUAGAGCGGAACAGUCCCCUAUCAACACCAGUAGCGGCAUUCCAGCAGCCUGAAGAAGACGCCAUAGACACCAAGUUUGCUGAACUAGCUGUCCGUAACGGCCCACCACCUGCGAGUUUGAUAGGUGGUGCGAUCAGAGGUGUAGAUACGCUGGGUGCGUGGGCAGGCGCAAGUCUGGCCGCUCAGCAACGUAUCAAGGGCAUAGUAGAGGUCGAGCGGGAUAGAUACCUCAAAGAUGGUUUGCAAGGCGCGAAUCGCGAAAAGGAAGUGUCGGUCAUUCCUCAGAGACAGAGCAUGAUGGGCCCUAGUCUAGCAACCAAAGGCGGGGAAAGAGCGAGUUGGACACUGGGCAUCUGGGCAUAGAAGUGUGGUAUAGUCGUCAUGGGUUCAAGAUGAACUGUUGUUGUCAUUGUUAAGAUUUUGUUUCGCGCUGAUACCCCCCGUUCAAUCAAGUCUCCGCGGUAGACAUUCUCUG